AAAAAAGAUGUUCUCAGCUGAAGAAAGACUGAAAUGUUCGAUCGAUGAUCGGAAUGAGGCAUCUACGAAAUGACCUACAUUUUGAUCAGCAACAACAGCAGCAGCAGCAGCAACAGCAGCAGCCGCAGCAGCAGUCGCACCAGCAGCAGCAGCAGCAGCAGCAACAGCAGUACGGGGAGGUGAACCAACUCGGUGGUGUUUUCGUGAACGGCAGACCCUUGCCGAACGCGGUCAGAUUGCGAAUAGUGGAGCUCGCACAGCUGGGCAUCAGGCCGUGCGACAUCUCGCGCCAGUUGCGGGUCAGCCAUGGUUGCGUGAGCAAGAUUUUGGCCCGGUACCACGAGACGGGCAGCAUAUUGCCCGGCGCGAUCGGCGGCAGUAAACCCCGGGUGACCACCCCGAAGGUGGUCCAGUAUAUUAAGCAGUUGAAGCUGAAGGAUCCGGGGAUCUUCGCGUGGGAGAUCAGGGACCGGCUGCUGUCGGACGGGGUGUGCGACAAGUACAACGUGCCCUCGGUCAGCAGCAUCUCGAGGAUACUGAGGAACAAGGUCGGCGCGGCUACCGCGAUCCAUCAUCAUCCCCAUCACCCGGCGCAUCACCACCAUCAUCACCAUCUGUACGCGGCCGCGGCCGCGGCAGGGGCUGCUCUCUGCCCCGUCCCGUAUCCACCGACGGCUUAUCACGCGACGCCGCCACCCGCCGUAACGCAUCAUCACCAUCACCAUCAUCAUCAAGUUGGACAGAUGACGACGACGACGACCACACCGAGCAAACUAUCGCCCUCGUCCCCGACGAUCGGCGGUCACCAGCCGAUAGCCUCCGCCGGUUUACAGUGGCCGAGUCCUCACACCGUCCACGAUAUCCUCGCGACCGGCUGCAACCUGACCAACUCCCAGCCGUCCACGUCUCCGUCGCCGCUAUGCGCGACGGUCAACAACAACCAUCACCACGGUCAUCAUCAUCAUCACCAGAACAAUGACAACGUCACCAGCGAGAACGACAACGAGGAGACCAGCGGUUACCAUCACCAUCACCAUCAACACGGUUACCAUCACCAUCACCAUCAACAGUAUUACGCGUCCGCUCUUUAUCAUCAUCAUCACCAUCAUCACUCGGACGGGGUGACGCCGACAACGGGCACGUCACCCGUGCUCAGCGUGCAGUCGAUCAUAAUGCAGUCUCCGGCGGCGAGUAGUCAACCCGCCAGUCCUUGUAACUGACAAUCAGAAUUAGAGACGCGAGUGAUGGAAAAAUCAUUCAGUCCUACGUUUACGCUGGAAAGUCGAUUUCCAAUCGAAAUCCUAUUGGGAGUGAUUGCGAGGGUAAGGACAAGAUAAUGAGGCUGAGAUCAUCGUCGUCGUCACUUGGCCGGGGUGACAAGACGAGGUCACCUGUGCUUAACGUGUAAUAAAGUCGCUGGCGACGAACGGACAACCUGCCAGUCUCUACACCUGACAAGAGCAGUUGAUAGAGAGAUAAAGACGUGAGUGAUGGAUAAAUCGUUCCCAUUCCACGAGGAACGGGGUACGAGCGCGUAUCACGCUGGAAAGACUACCUAAUCGAUUUGUAAUUAACGGCAAGAUAAUGAGGCUGAGAACGAUAUAUUAUUUUACCAGUAUUAUUGUAUUUUUAUCGCAAUUUGCCGAGAGUGCCUUUUUCGAGUGCCAUAAACAAAAGCAAUUGUACAUUUAAUUAUUAUAUUUGUAACAGACUGUGAAUGUUGAGAAUUGUUGCGAUCUUUGAAAGAUUUACGAAUAUCAUUAGCUUAGAUCGUUUUCCGUUUUGUAUGUACGUGUUGUUCGAACUUUAGGUUUAAAUAUAAUCGUUAAGAAAGAAA